CAGCAUCUGUGAGAGAGCGUCAGUAUCAUGACUGCUGAGAGGUCUGACUCGCUUGACUCACUGUCUCAUAUGGAGGAAAGAAGAUUGAUACAGGAACAGGAGUCAGAUAGUGAAGAUGCCAAAGGCAAAGCUCCCCCUCCCUACGAUUUCCAGCCAACGGCCUCUGUAUCAGUUGGGAAUCCGGGACCCCCAGAGGAGAACGUCAAAGAUUAUUUGGUGGUGUCCAUAAUGAAUAUGUUGUGUUGCUGCCUUCCCAUUGGAGUUGCCGCUCUGGUCUACUCUAUACAGACACGAGAAGCUGUCGCCCGGAGAGACACGGCAUCUGCAAAGCGCUCCUCCCAGAAUGCACUUCAUCUGAAUGUCACCGCCUUUGCAGUUGGGUUUUUUUUUGUCACAUUGAUGAUCAUCUUCUACAUAUUUAAGUUCAAAUUAAUGGCCACAUUGGCGGCCAAUCAGGAAAGCACGCACCCCAGGUUUAGUGGUUGAUAAAUGAAUAUUAGAGGCACUGAGAAUGGCUGUGCCCCUCCCCCCGGGGCUCUUAAUAAAAACAUUGUUUUUCAAAUAAAAAA